UUGGUGCGUAUCCAUCAAGGAUCUGUUCAGAAUGGAUCCGUUUGUAUUUUCUUUAACAUUGCCAAGUGGUUGCUAGGGGCAAUGUCUGUGCUGAAAGGCCAACACAGAAAGUAAAAGUGUGUGGAUUUAAAGGGCCAGAAGCCUGUUGUGGAAAAGCUGUGUUUGCAAGGAAUUGCUGUGUUGAAGCAUAAAGGGCCAGAAGCCCAAUUUAAAGAGACUGUGAUCUCUGCUGAUGAAACUAUGAUGACUGCAGUGCAAAAUAAAUGUGAAUGCUGACAUUGUCUCUAGAAAGUGAGAGAGACAUCUGGAGGCUGUGGUCUCUGAUGAAGUGGACUUGCUUGCUGAAAAGUCAGUUACCAUGGGUCUCAUGGAAGACUAUGUCAGAUGGUUGUGGCAGAUAAAAUGGCAGGAAAACCUGGCCACAGAUAGGAUGUACCCAAGCUGAAAUGGUGCGGUUUGAUGCAGAGCGGGAGGCUUUGGAGGUGCAACUGCAAUUGACCCUGGAGAAAGUCUUUAACGCUGAGUGGACACGUUGUAAAGGUCCGAGGUGUUGGCGAUGUGCCAGGAGUUCCAGAGAAAAAGGUCAUGUGUGCCAAUGCUAAGGGCAACCAACGGGAGCAAAGUGAGAUGGAGAGUGGCUCUGCUCUUAGUUCAUAUUUUCCUUGCAAAUGUGUACAGAGUCCUAGAGAGGAUGUGUGGAGUUGUUGUAAUGCCGUUGCUAAGAGCAACCAACCACUACAGCAUGCAGCUGUCCAGCACCAGAGGAAGGGCUACUGGAGAUGCCGUCAAGUGGUAAAGUGUGCACCGGAUUGUCCUUUGGUCAGGAGGCCAGAGGAAUUGCAGAGGAAGACAUGCAAAUUGUUGGUGGGUGAAAUCCCACUAUUGGUGGAGCUGGAUUAUUGCCAAAGAGUGUCACGGGUACUUCCAGAUGCUCCUUAAGACUGGUCCAGAAACUGACACAAGACUUAAUACUUGCUGCUAUAAUAUGCACCUGUAUACAGAUUGCUGACGCCAGCCAUUACGGAGAGUUUAUUGACCCCACAGAUAUGGAGCAUUAUGACCAAAGGUCAAAAUCAUUAACAUUCACUUUAAAGGAAAAAGCAAGUCAAGACAUUUUGAAAGUAUUUCUUCAGAGGCUACUGAAAAGUGCACAGGGUUGGGAUGUGGAUAUCAGGGAUGAGAAUCUUGGUGUAGUUUCUACUGAAAUGGAGAUCGAAAAGUUCCUAAACGAUGAAGACUGGGAUUCCGAUAAACUGCAAAUUAUUCUUCAAAAUGUUGACUUUAUCAAAGAUAAAGGAGUUGAUUUCUCGACUUUGUUUCUGGAACAAGCAAGUCAAAACAUUUUGAAAGUAUUUCUUCAGAGGCUACUGAAAAGUGCACAGAGUUGGGAUGUGAAUAUCAAGGAUGAGAAACUUGGUGUAGUUUCUACUGAAAUGGAGAUCCAAAAGUUCCUAAACGAUGAAGACUGGGAUCCCGAUAAACUGCAAAUUAUUCUUCAAAAUGUUGACUUUAUCAAAGAUAAAGGAGUUGAUUUCUCGACUUUGUUUCUGACUUGUGCUAUCUGCUGUGCCUUAACAUGGAUAAUGAACAGAUUUUGGACAAGACCAGAUCAAGUCAUCGAAGAAGAAAGAGAAGCUGGGCUACGUGAACAAGUGGAUGGGAAUGUGGAAGAAAAUACACCAAACGAACAAGUUGAGGAGAAUUGUAGUUUCCCGAUACCUGACACUCAACAGAAUGAACAUUUCCAAAAUGUUAGAUGUGAAAGCCACAGUGAGCCAGCUGCUAAGCAGGAUCAGUUGGAUAAACAUCCCAGCCAAAGUUUCCAAAUGUCAGACGAAAGUAAUAAGCGAGAUACCGUCACUUUUGUGGGAACUAAGGCUGAUAGUCUUUCCAAUAUGAAAAACAUCCCAGAACUGGUGACUACACUUCGCGAUAUGGAAUCCACUGACUCGCCUAAUGAUCACCAGGAGUUAUCCAGUGAAGCCGAAGAAACUUCUGAAGAAAAGGCGAAUGUGGACACUGGCCUUGAUACUUCUUAUCCACAAGAUACCUCAGUGAAUGCAGAUUAUGAAUCAGAUUUCAGUUUGAUCAGUGAGAGUGCCCCAGGAUCUCUAAUAUUUGAGCAGGAUGGAGAUUCUGAUGAGUCUGUUUAAAUCCUAUGCGUGGUGUCAGAAAACUAAAAGGGGUUGUCUCAAGAUGCAAACCUAUCCCCUAUGAACAGAAUAAUUGAUGUGUCUGAUCAUUUCGGGUCCAACCAUUGGGACCACCAACCAUGAUGACAAUGGGGGUCCUGUGUCAUUGUAUAAAUAAAAAGGCAUAUACAGUCGUGGCCAAAAGUUUUGAGAAUGACACAAAUAUUAGUUUUCACAAAGUUUGCUGCUAAACUGCUUUUAGAUCUUUGUUUUAGCUGUUUCUGUGAUGUAGGGAAAUAUAA